UACAGUUCGACAGUGCUGCUGUAAUAAUAAAUCGCACUUUCUCCCUUUUAAUUAAACAACUAAAUAUCUUUCUCUCUCUUAAAGAAGGCUUUGGCAAAUUUGCAGAUGUCAGCCGCCGGAGAAACCUCGGAGAAGAAGGCACACCCUAUGAAACUCGUCGUUUUGGCCGACUUAAAUGUCGAUCCUCCUGAAUUUGACGAGGAUGACAUCAACCCCUUCAACCCUUCUCCCCCUCUUCCUUCUAGGUUAAUAAUUAGUGAGAGUGGUCAGGAAAAGUUGCCCUUGUUAGUAAAAGAAAGCAGUGAUGUUGUAGAUGGCGAAGCUAGAAGGUUAAAUAAAAUGGGGAAGUGCCGUUCAAGGUCUGGAAAAGAUGACCAUCUUGACUGUGGGGUGGAUGCGGAGGGAGAUCAACAUUCUCAAGGGACUCCGUCAUCCCGAGAAGAAAAAGUUAGCAGCCUUAAAACUGGUUUGAUACAUGUGGCAAGGAAAGCUCCAAAAAAUGCUCAUGCUCACUUUUUACUUGGCUUAAUGUACCAGAGAUUGAAUCAGCCUCAAAAGGCAGUGCUUGACUACGAGAAGGCAGCAGAGAUUUUACUCCGGUCUGAUGAGGAGAUUGACCGACCAGAGUUGUUAUCAUUGGUCCAAAUGCAUCAUGCACAGUGCCUCCUCCUAGAAAGUCUUGGAGAUUGUGCUUCAGAUAAAGAGCUUGAACCUGAAGAGCUGGAAGAAAUUCUUUCGAAGCUAAAGGAAUCUGUGAUGUCAGAUAUUAGACAAGUACCUGUGUGGAACACUUUAGGAAUUAUGCUUCUUAAAUCUGGUCGUUUGGAGAGUGCUAUUUCAGUUAUGUCUUCCCUGUUGGCCUUGGCACCUCACAACUUGGAUUGCCUUGCAAAUCUUGGUCUUGCUCAUUUGCAGAGUGGGAAUGUGGAGGCUGCUUCAAAAUGUUUCCAGGAGCUUAUUCUGAAAGAUCAAGGCCAUCCCAGUGCUCUUGUCAACUAUGCUACCAUUUUGCUGUACCAGUAUGGCUCAGCUGUUGCAGGAGCUGGAGCCAGUGCUGGGGAAGCUGGUGCAGAGUCAGAUUCUGCUGCUGCUAUCAAUGUGGCAAAGGAAUGUCUAUUAGCUGCAGUCAAAGCAGAUCCUAAAGCAGCUCAUACAUGGGCUAAUCUUGCCAAUGCAUAUGAUAUUAGUGGUGAUUAUAGAAGCUCUAGCAAGUGCUUGGAAAAGGCAGCAAAACUCGAGCCCAACUGUAUGUCUACUCGAUAUGCUAUUGCUAUCCACCGUAUCAAGGAUGCUGAAAGGUCACAAAAUCCCAGUGAACAGAUAUCUUUGGCUGGUAAUGAGAUGGCUUCGAUACUAAGAGAAGCAGAUCCUUUGCUGAUUGAUCCUCCAAUUGCUUGGGCUGGACUUGCUAUGGUUCAUCAGGCUCAGCAUGAAAUUGCAGCAGCAUUUGAAACUGAACAGAAGGAGUUGAUGGAAGUUGAAGAGCAUGCUAUUUGCAGCUUAAAGCAGGCAAUUGGAGAGGACCCAGAUGAUGCUGUGCACUGGCACCAAUUAGGGCUCCACAGUCUCCGCACCCAACAGUUUAAAAUGUCACAGAAGUACCUCAAAGCUGCAGUAUCUCGCUUUAGGGAAUGCAGUUAUGCAUGGUCCAAUCUUGGUAUCUCUUUACAAUUAGCAGAUGAACCGUCUCAAGCCGAGGAAGCUUUCAAACGAGCUUUAAUUUUGGCCUCUUCUCAGCAAGCACAUGCAAUAUUUUCAAACCUAGGGAAUUUGUACAGGCAGGAAAAGAAAUACGAUAGUGCAAAAGCUAUGUUUACAAAAGCACUUAAGCUUCAACCUGGAUAUGCUCCUGCAUACAACAAUCUAGGUCUUGUAUUUGUUGUUCAGGGCCUACUGGAUGAAGCAAAGUUCUGCUUUGAUAAGGCUUUGCAGGCUGAUCCCCUUUUAGAUUCUGCCAAAUCUAACAUGGUUAAAGUUAUGGCUCUGUCCAAGAUAUGCAAAAGUUUCCCUUCAAGCAUAAUGCAGGAAUAAUUUGGAUGAAGUUGGAAAAAGAUAUACAUCCAAGAUGGUUCAGAAUAGAUUUAUCCUUUCCAUGAUUGGGGGUGAAAUCACGACCCAAUGAGAGAGUUUGAUGGGAUUUUCUGUAAUCAUUUCACAUUUCUAAAAAAUUGGAUUCGUCUGCAAAAAUGCCUUGGCUGAGAAUCUACGCCAUCCAUUGUCUUUAGCUGAUUAUUCAUGGUAAUAUCCUGCAAUAUGUAGCUGAAGGAAUGGUCAUCAUGCCUGCCUUAGCAUUCCUGUGCUGAGUGACUGAGUAAUGUAUCUGGUUUUGGUAAUCACAUAUUCACAUGGGCCAGUACAGUAGGUCAGCUACAAGAUUGUCAUCGAUAGUAGAAGGUUUCAUGUUUCUGGGAACAUGCAUUUUCAACUUAGAUAUUGCUGACCAGAGUCGUAUCACACCAGGUCAAGGAUAAUCUCGUUCAAUGAUUGUUUCUAUGUGCUUGACCAGUUGACCUCAUGAAUUUGAGGGAAUUGUGAGUGGUACGAACAACUUAUGCUGAUUGCUCAUCAUGGAAACUAGUAUCUACGCUGUUUCCUCAGCCUUUUCCCUGGGAAGUCCUUCAGUAAAGCUGUAUUCUGCUGAUCGGGUCUGUGUAUUUUAUUAGGAAAGUAAUUUGGUACAAAAUCAGGUCACUUCAUCGCUGUAUAUAGGGAUCAAACAAAAUUAGCCAAUUAUUACACUAGCCAAUGACAUUUUCCAUCAGAGAUCACUGAUCUGUAUCACAGUUUAUUAUCCAAGCAGGAAAUGUGAUUUAAUUUUUCUUUGUUUUUGUCAAGAUAAUAAUAAGAAUGUGAUCUUGACUAAGAUCUUAUUCAUA